CGGUCGUCAACUUCCUCCCAUCACAAUAUAUCGUUGACAGUUGACACUCAUCAGAUAUAUAUACAAACCUUUUUACUUAGAAAUGAUUUCUCAUACAUACUUGCCGUAUACGAUCCAUCUACACAGAGAGAAAGAGAGAAAUUAUUGGUUUUAUUAAAGUUGUUGGAUGGGUUCAUCGAGUCACAGCGGCGUUCCUCCGGGGUUCCGGUUUCACCCAACAGACGAAGAGCUUCUUUUCUAUUACUUGAAGAAAAAAAUUUCAUUUGAAAAGUUUGAGAUGGAGGUGAUAAGAGAGGUGGAUUUGAAUAAGAUUGAGCCCUGGGAACUGCAAGAAAUGUGCAAGAUUGGAUCGACUCCGCAGAAUGAGUGGUACUUUUUCAGCCACAAAGACAGAAAAUAUCCAACUGGUUCAAGAACAAAUAGAGCAACGAAUGCAGGAUUCUGGAAGGCUACAGGAAGGGACAAAUGCUUAAGGAACAGCUACAAGAAGAUUGGUAUGAGAAAAACCCUUGUUUUUUACCGCGGCCGAGCUCCCCAUGGCCAAAAGACUGACUGGAUUAUGCACGAGUACAGGCUCGAAGACAGUGAAGAUGCUCAAGGAAAUCCCAGUGAGGAUGGAUGGGUGGUUUGUAGGGUUUUCAAGAAGAAGAAUCUAUUCAAAGUUGGAAAUGCAGCAGGAAGUGGGUUGAGUUCAGAUCAGCUCAAUACUGCAGCAGCCACCCAUUCUCGUACAUUCUUCACACAGAGGGAAAGGGAACAUCAGUAUCUACUGCAUCAACAACAGGCUCAUGGACUUAACUAUUCUCACAUGCCAGUGGCACUGCCUCAAUGCCCACAACUACAAGCCCAGAACUUUAUACCUACCCAGAAGCCAUUGGGUUAUGAUCAGUUUUCAGAUCAGUCACCAAUUAUGGUGAAGCAAUUCAUGUCCAACACUAGAGAUUGUGAAAGUGGCAGUACUGAUCAGAAUCUUGGUUAUGGGUCGGGUAUGGAGGCGGUCGGGAAGUGCCAACCGGAGAAUCUGAACGAAUGGGGUAUGAUGGAUCGACUUGUGACUUCUCAACUCGGACAUGAAGACUCAUCUAAAGGGGUGAGAUUUGAGGAUGCAAAUGAACCAUCUAUGAACCAGAUCAAUCAACUAUCUUUACGUAGCGAGAUGGAUUUAUGGGGUUAUGAAAAGUAGUAGUAACUCAUCAGUAACACUUAUUUUUAUUUUUUGUAAAAAGAAAUAUUGAAUUCAAGUGAAUGAAUUACAUUUACAUGGUAAUGGCUACAGGGGGUGUAAACUAAGUAUGCUAUAAUAAUAACAUCAUUAUUAUUAUUUUACUGUUUUUGAGUCAUUGGAAAUUCUUGUAUGUG